AAAAGCCAAAGAAAAUUGCACGAAAAAAUUGCUGCCGCCGCUGCUGCUGCAACGCACAAAAAAGGUGCCAGAAAGCGCGCCAUGAUAUUCAUCUUCCAUGGCAAUAAUAUCUCCGCGAGGCUCCAACAAGUUCUUGCUAUCUCGCCUCGGAGCCCUAAUCACGCAACAGAAAUUCGUCCACGCAUUGUCUGAGGGAGGAUUGCAAUCUCAGGUUCACCCUAAAAUGGUCCCGGACCAAGGUUUCAUUGAUAUGUAUAAGUGGAAAAAGAUCGACGCGAGGGCCCUCGGGAUAAAGCCCUCCAUGAUUUCGCAUCCCUCUUGGAUUGUGUUGAAACUUCUUCAGGCUGAAGGGUUUGAGGCCUACUUAGUGGGUGGAUGUGUUAGAGACUUAAUCCUUAAAAGGAUACCUAAAGACUUCGAUGUGAUCACUACAGCUAAUCUUAAAGAGAUCAAGAAGAAAUUUCAUCGUGCAGAUGUUGUUGGGCAACGGUUUCCUAUAUGCAGGGUGCAUGUUAAAGGCACAGUCAUUGAGGUAUCAAGUUUUGAAACAGUGGCAAGAGAUGCAGGAAAAAAGAAAGAGAAACAGAAAGAUAAUUUAUCUUUUAGGCCGCCUGGCUGUGAUAAGAAAGAUUUCAUCCGUUGGAAAAACAGCAUGCAUCGGGACUUCACUAUUAACAGUUUAUUCUUUGAUCCUUUUACGAAUAAGGUCUAUGAUUAUGCCAAUGGAAUGGCGGACUUAAGGCACUUAAAGCUACGGACACUAGCCCCUGCCAAGUUGUCGUUUGAAGAGGAUUGUGCAAGAAUCUUGAGGGGCUUAAGAAUUGCUGCUCGUCUGAGCUUGUCAAUUUCAAAAGAAACUGAGACUGCAAUGCAUAAGCUUUCUUCAUCCAUUUUGAGUUUGAGUAAGUUCAGAAAAAUGAUGGAGAUGGACUAUAUGCUUUCUUAUGGAGCUGCUGAGGCGUCACUAUGUUUGCUGUGGAGAUUUGAUCUGAUCAGAAUUCUGUUUCCCUUUCAUGCAGCAUACUUUGACCAACAGAGUGAAAACUUGAAAGGCGCUAAGAGUUCCUCGAUGUUGAUGAAAUUAUUCUCGAAUAUGGAUAAAGUGGUUAGCUGUGAUCGGCCUGGUCACUGCUCUUUAUGGGUCGGACUGUUGGCAUUUCACCUGGCGCUAGUCAAUAAUCCACAAGAUGCUCUUGUAGUGUUGACUUUUGCUUCCGUUCUGUAUCAUGAAGAAUGGGAAGAAGGUGUUAAAUUUUCCAGAGACAAUGCUGCGUCGAUAGUUAAAUAUGUACCUGAGAUCUCAGGCUCAUGUGGAUUUAAAUCAGAGGAAGAACUUGCAAAACAAGUUUCCAAGUUAGCUUCUUUUAUGCUAGAUUAUAUUGCCGCUUUAGCUGCAACAAAAGAUCCUGAUGAAUCAAUGUCGAGAUAUCCUGUUUUGCCAUUCUCUGAGUUGGCCUUUUUACCUAAGAAUAUGGCUAAACAUGUUGCUGCAAUUGUUGAAGUCCUGACCAACGACAUCGAAUAUUACAAUCAAGGAAGAAAGAAUUUUGAGAUUGAUUACUACUCACUUGGGAAAGGUCAUAUGCGCGAGAUUAGGUUUAUUUUAGGAAAAGUUAUUCUAGAAACCAUGGACAGUGGGAUUUUGAGAGCAAAGGAAGUCGUUAAGGGGAAGGAGGACAACUACCACCUGCAGCAGGAUAUCAUUGACAAAAAUUUCACUAAGGGUAGAAAACGUGCAACUGAUGCCCCCGAAAUAAAACAAGAGUUGUCCAAGAAACAUAGGGUGAAAGUAGUUUUUGAUCCAGAUAUGGCUACCGAUAAUCAAGAGGUUGUCGAAACAACUCAAUCACCACAGAAGGAGUUGAUUUCAGUUCUGGGAAAUAUGUUAGAGAAGAAAAAACGUCAGUUACCAGAAGAGGUGAUUGAGAAAAAGCAAGAGCUUUCUGAGAAUGAUAAGUUCCAGAUGAAGGAGAAGAAGAAUACUAAGAAGUGUAAUUCAAGUCAGGAGGAGACUAUUAAGCUGGAAACUAUGUUAGAGCAGAGAGGGUAUCCUGUAACACGGAAAGUAAUCCAUGAGAAGGUUACAGAACUCAGACAAGAAACAGAUGAGGAGAGAGGCAGUCCACCUCCCCUAUCUUGUAUUUUCAGCAGGGGUGUUGAGGAGAUUCAGAAACGCAAACAAGUAGCAGAAAAGCCAAUAUCCAGUCUCCGUCGACUAUCUAGUCUCUUCAAGUGAAACUAUUGUCGUAAACUAACAAAAAUGACAUGUGUAUCCAUAAAAAGUCCAAGGAGCUGGAGGAAAAGUCCUCAGACAUACCCUCAGGUUUUGCACAUUGUAACAUUUUGCUUCCCCGUCCUCAUUUCCCUUUCAUUUAUCGGUUUUAACAAUUUUGGCCUUAGGCAUUACGAAAUCAUGUUGGUUAAGGACCAGUGUGAAAUAGUUUGUGCUACAAAAUUUGUAUUUAUUUAAUGAUUCUUUCGAGGUUCAAGGAUCGUCUUUUGGAUGCGUAUGGGUGACCCUUAACAAUGUUGGAAAGCUUUAGGUAUCGCCAAUAUUUUUUCUACUCUGCACAGCCCUGUUUAAUUUCGGUUCGAUUGCAUGAAUCAAAGGAGGAUCAAUCGACAAAAAAGAAUGUGUUUGCAGGAGAGAAGGCUGGUGUGUAAAACUCAUUUUGCUUUUGAAAUUUAACUUCAAAUGGCUGGAUCUCAUGUUUGCAAAUUGAGUAACAUUUGAGGUAUCGAAAUAAAUGUUCCAACUUUGGAUUC